AUGGCCGCCGCUUUCAGUGCUCUCUCCCUCUGUCCGUACAGUAUAUUAUGCCGCCGUAGCUCUACCAAGCGUUCUGUUUCCUGCUCCACCGUCUCUCCUACUACAACUUCUAUUGGCAGUAGAGUAACGAAAGCGCCGCCGCGUAAAAGGAGUGGAAGAAUGGAAGGGGCAGGGAAAAGUAUGGAAGAUUCAGUGAAAAGAAAGAUGGAGCAGUUUUAUGAAGGGUCUGAUGGUCCGCCGUUGCGAAUUGUUCCAAUUGGUGGCUUGGGUGAGAUUGGGAUGAAUUGUAUGCUUGUUGGGAAUUAUGAUCGAUAUAUUUUAAUUGAUGCCGGCGUUAUGUUUCCUGAUUAUGAUGAGCUUGGAGUGCAAAAGAUUAUACCUGAUACCACAUUUAUCAGAAGAUGGAGACACAAAAUUGAAGCAGUUAUUAUAACACAUGGUCAUGAAGAUCACAUUGGUGCGUUGCCUUGGGUUAUUCCUGCUCUGGAUUAUCGCACUCCAAUUUAUGCAUCAUCCUUUACAAUGGAGCUGAUCAAAAAACGUUUAAAGGAGAAUGGGAUCUUUGUUCCAUCCAGACUUAAGGUGUUUAAAACAAAGAGGAAAUUCACAGCUGGGCCUUUUGAAAUAGAGCCUAUCAGGGUGACCCAUUCUAUUCCUGAUUGUUGUGGACUGGUCCUUCGUUGUGCUGAUGGUACAAUUCUUCACACUGGGGACUGGAAGAUUGACGAAUCACCAUUGGAUGGAAAAGUUUUUGAUCGUGAAACUUUAGAGGAACUCUCAAAAGAAGGAGUCACGCUGAUGAUGAGUGACUCAACAAAUGUUCUGUCACCUGGAAGGACCAUUAGUGAAAGUGUGGUAGCUGAUUCAUUAUUGAGACGUAUUUCAGCUGCUAAAGGAAGGAUUAUCACUACUCAAUUUGCAUCAAAUAUACACCGCCUAGGAAGCGUGAAAGCAGCUGCUGAUUUGACUGGUAGAAAGUUGGUCUUUGUUGGCAUGUCAUUGAGGACAUAUUUGGAUGCAGCGUGGAAGGAUGGAAAGGCACCUAUUGAUCCAUCCACUCUGGUUAAAGUGGAAGAUAUUGAUGCUUAUGCCCCAAAGGAUUUGCUAAUUGUCACAACCGGAUCACAAGCAGAGCCGCGUGCAGCACUCAAUCUUGCAUCAUAUGGAAGCAGUCAUGCCUUAAAACUGAACAAGGAAGAUGUUAUUUUAUAUUCAGCUAAGGUAAUCCCCGGCAAUGAAUCUAGGGUAAUGAAAAUGAUGAACCGCAUAUCAGAGAUUGGCUCAACUAUAGUAAUGGGUAAGAAUGAGCUGCUUCACACGUCCGGCCAUGGGUAUCGUGGAGAACUGGAGGAAGUGCUUAAAAUUGUGAGGCCGCAACAUUUCCUGCCCAUACAUGGAGAACUCUUGUUUUUGAAAGAACAUGAAUUACUUGGGAAGUCCACUGGCAUUCGACACACUACUGUUAUAAAGAAUGGAGAGAUGCUUGGGGUUUCUCACUUGAGGAACAGAAGAGUUCUAUCCAAUGGUUUUGUCUCCCUUGGGAAGGAAAAUUUGCAGUUGAUGUAUAAUGAUGGGGAUAAAGCAUUUGGCACAUCAACUGAGCUUUGCGUUGAUGAGAGACUAAAAAUUGCAACAGAUGGUAUUGUAGUGGUCAGCAUGGAAAUUUUACGCCCUCAAAAUGUAGAUGGUCUAGUUGAAAAUAGCUUAAAAGGAAAAAUAAAAAUCACAACACGCUGCCUGUGGCUGGACAAAGGGAAGCUUUUGGAUGGACUUCACAAAGCUGCCCAUGCUGCACUUACAAGCUGUCCUGUGAACUGUCCUUUAGCUCACAUGGAAAGAACAGUAUCUGAGAUGUUGAGGAAGAUGGUAAGGAAGUAUAGCGGUAAAAGACCUGAAGUCAUUGCCAUUGCUGUGGAAAACCCAGCAGCAGUUCUUUCUGAUGAACUCAAUGCAAGGUUAUCUGGCAAAUCACAUGUUGGCUUCGGCAUAUCGGCAUUGAGAAAAAUGGUUGAUGGGCAUCCAACAAGAAAUCAGAUGGACAGGAAGCAACCUGACGAAAAUGGCUAUGCACAUUUAGAGAAAACAUCACCAAAAAAUUUGGAAGUUGAUGUCAAAUUUGAAAGAGAGCUACCAAAGGAAGAGGGCACUUCUUCAAGUCCCAGCUUAGCUGAAGGACAUUCCUCCAACUCGGAGGAUCAAGAUAAAUUUUGGAAAUCAUUCAUUCCAUCAUCCUACCCAGUCAAGCUCAAGGAAGAUGAAAGUUUGGUUCCACAAGGGGAACAUGCAAACAAGCUCAAGGAAAAUGGUGCAGAGAGCAGUGAUGAUGACUUGAUGGAUACUCAAAAUUCCAGAAAGAAGCGUUCCAAAUCUGUAAAACGGAACAAAUGGAAACCGGAGGAGGUUAAGAGUCUUAUUAAAUUGCGUAGGGAAUUACAUAGUAGAUUUCAAGUUGUACGAGGUAGAAUGGCUCUGUGGGAAGAGAUAUCUGCUAAGUUGAUGGCUGAUGGGAUCAGUCGUAGUCCAGGACAGUGCAAAUCUUUAUGGACAUCCCUGGUUCAGCAAUACGAGGAAAGCAAGAGUGACAUCAAAAGCCAAAAAGGUUGGCCCUAUUUUGAAGACAUGGAUAAUAUUUUAUCAGAUUCCGAGACAGUGGCAACAAAAUGA